AUGCACACCUAUACCCAACACCUAUAUUCAAGAGUUCUCGAUCUCUUCUUUAUACUUCAGAUUCAUAUUCAGAUCAUAGCGAAUAACACACCCAUAAUGACGGAUACUGAUGAUGAGGCUACACGACGCAGUAACGCAAUUGCGAUGUACCGUAAGAAACUUCUUCAACACAAGGAAUUGGAAUCCAGAGUGCGGUCAGCCAGAGAGAAUUUGCGUGCUGCGAAGAAAGAGUUUAACAAAACAGAAGAUGAUUUGAAGUCUCUUCAAAGUGUUGGACAGAUCAUUGGCGAGGUUCUCAGGCCUCUGGACAAUGAACGACUGAUUGUUAAGGCAAGCAGUGGACCUAGGUAUGUUGUUGGCUGCCGCAAUAAAGUAGAUAAGGAAAAACUGACUGCUGGUACGAGAGUGGUUCUUGAUAUGACAACGCUAACCAUAAUGCGAGCUCUUCCACGUGAGGUUGAUCCGGUAGUUUACAAUAUGCUGCAUGAGGAUCCUGGUAAUAUCAGUUACUCCGCUGUUGGUGGUUUAUCUGAUCAGAUAAGAGAAUUGAGGGAAUCAAUCGAAUUACCUCUGAUGAACCCUGAGCUCUUCCUUAGAGUCGGAAUUAAACCUCCUAAGGGUGUACUCCUUUAUGGGCCUCCCGGAACUGGUAAAACAUUGUUAGCUAGGGCAAUUGCCAGUAACAUAGAUGCUAACUUCUUGAAGGUUGUUUCAAGUGCAAUAAUUGAUAAGUACAUUGGAGAAAGUGCCAGAUUAAUUAGAGAAAUGUUUAGUUAUGCACGUGAUCACCAGCCAUGUAUCAUCUUCAUGGAUGAGAUCGAUGCCAUCGGUGGUCGUCGUUUCAGUGAGGGAACAAGUGCUGAUCGUGAGAUUCAGAGAACACUAAUGGAGUUGCUUAAUCAACUCGAUGGGUUUGAUCAACUUGGGAAGGUUAAAAUGAUAAUGGCAACAAACCGUCCGGACGUACUGGAUCCUGCUCUUCUGCGUCCAGGAAGAUUGGACAAAAAAAUAGAAAUUCCAUUGCCAAAUGAACAAGCUAGGAUGGAAAUUCUUAAGAUUCAUGCUGCUGGGAUAGCUAAGCAUGGUGAAAUAGAUUAUGAAGCCGUUGUGAAGCUUGCUGAGGGAUUUAAUGGAGCUGAUCUUCGAAAUGUGUGCACGGAAGCUGGAAUGGCAGCAAUUCGUGCAGAACGUGAUUAUGUGAUCCAUGAAGAUUUUAUGAAGGCUGUUAGAAAACUGAAUGAUGCAAAGAAGCUUGAAUCCAGUGCUCAGUACAGUACUGAUUUUGGCAAAGACUAA